AAUACAUUUCAAAAUUUAUUUAAACUAGUUUUAAAAUAUAUAGUGACAGAAUCAUAUUGGCAGUGAACAAUAAAUUGGGCCCAAGGUAUAUUGCAAGACUGUGAAAUAGCUAAAAUAAAUUUAUGUUACUGCAAAGAAUUCUGUAUUUUCUAAAUGCCAGGUCUUUCAACCACCCAAAAUAGCUUAUAGUGGUAAAAGUCAACUAACACUUUAAUUUUUAUGUGUGUGUGAAAAACCUGGGGAUUAAAUUGCUAUCGUGAAAUCUGUUUAAUUUUUAUGUAAAACUAAAUUAAGAAAUAUUCAAGUCACGUAGAUUAUUUUUGUGCUAAACUAAUUAAUUUCAAAUUGUUAAAAAUUAAUUUAUGAGGCUAUAAAUAGGCAAUUUGAAAGAGUUUUAGUUGGUUAAGGGGCGUUGAAAACUGCUAGAAAUAUAAAGAGAAAGGAGAACUUAACAUAACAUCGAUUAAAAAAACGUAAUAUAAAAUAGACGCAAUAUGUUACUAUUAGUAACACAUACAUAUUCACAUGCAUUUUGAUCACAUAAUGGAAUAAAUUCCUAAGCUACGAAGUGAGCUGGUAUUUUCAGCAACAGGAAGCAAGCUUUGUAAGCAUCGGACCGCUGGAAAAACUCUUCCCGUAUCCAGAGUUCGCAUUCCGCAAUUGCAUCCACGUGAACGGGAACAAAUGGCGCGCAAAUAAAAGGGUUAAAAUUGGCUUAAACUCUGCCUGGUCCGACUUCAAAGGGGACAAUUAUUAUUUGUUUCCAUGUGGAACACGGUUUUGGGGUUUUUUUUUUUUCAAAACGUACAUACUAUAAAGUAUGAUUCAAUUAUUGUUUUUUUUGCCAGCGUUGUGAUUUGUUUCGUUAAAAAUUAAUAUGUACACUGCUUUUUUGGUAGUUUUUCUACUGUCUGGGUUUGUCAUUUAAUAAUAAAACAGCAAGUUUCCAUUUUGAGCUCUUUGAGUGACUAAUUGGAAAUGAAACAUUUAAUUUGAUUUUUAUUUAUUUAUUCUUUUUUAUUUUAGGUAAGUUGACUGCAUUAUUAUAUCUAAACAUAUUCGGCUAUAGAGACCUGCAAGGCAACAACAUCACUGCCAUUUAUGAAUCAGACUUUCAUGAUUUAGGAAGACUAAAAAUUUUAGACCUCAGUCAUAAUCAGAUAUCGGUUAUUGGAAAGAAAACAUUAAAAGGGGCUCCGAGCUUAAGGACGUUACAACUUGACAAUAACAGGAUAACAUGCAUAGACGACUCAGCAGUGCGAGAAAUGAAAGACUUAGAAGUCAUUACUUUAAACAACAACAAUAUUACCUGGAUUGGAAAAGACAUGUUUUCAACCCUUUUUCGACUACGUACGUUAAGAUUAGCUGACAAUCUGUUACAUUGCGAUUGUAAUUUGUCUUGGCUCGGAAGAUAUUUAAGAAAUUCUCCGCGUUUAGCUCAAUAUACUAGAUGCUUCUCCCCAAAUCACUUGAAAGGGCAAAAUGUGGCGGAUGUUCAAGACCAUGAGUUUAAAUGUUCUGGCUUAGCAGAACGAGCCAUUAGUGGAGAAUGUCUUAGUGAACCACAGUGUCCGCAUCCUUGUAGAUGUGCAGAUGGUAUUGUAGACUGUAGAGAGAAAGGACUUACGCAAGUUCCCGAUCAUUUACCUGAAACCACAACGGAAAUACGUCUAGAACAGAAUCAAAUUAGCCAAAUUCCUACAAGAGCAUUUUCGCAUUACAAAAGGCUGAGAAAAAUUGAUUUGAGUAACAACAAAAUAUCCAAAAUUGCACCAGAUGCAUUUCACGGCUUGAAAGGGCUCACAUCUUUAGUCCUUUAUGGCAAUAAGAUCAAAGAUCUUUCAUCGGGAAUUUUUCAAGGUUUAACUUCAUUACAACUUUUAUUAUUAAAUGCCAAUGAAAUAUCUUGUGUACGACGAGAUACAUUUAGGGACCUACAGAACCUUUAUUUGCUAUCCCUUUACGACAAUAAUAUUCAAACCCUCUUAAAUGGCAGUUUCGACUCAUUAAGAAGUAUUCAGACUCUACAUUUAGCUAGGAACCCAUUCAUCUGCGACUGCAACUUGAAAUGGCUGGCUGAAUACCUUCACAAGAAUCCAAUAGAGACGUCAGGCGCGAGAUGCGAGUCGCCGAAAAGAAUGCAGAGGAGGAGAAUAGAAUCAUUGAAAGACGAGAAAUUCAAAUGUAAGAGAAACGGCCAAGAAGAAUUUAGGUCUGCAUCUACAGGAGAUUGUUUUGUAGACACUGAAUGCCCGGAAGGAUGUUCUUGUGAUGGUACAAUAGUUGAUUGCUCUGGCCGAGGUCUAAAAGAAAUACCGAAAGAUAUACCUUUACAAACUACUGAACUAUUGCUAAACGAUAAUGAGUUAGGCAGAAUAAAAUCUGAUGGACUAUUUGGUAGACUUCCAAAUUUAUCGAAGUUGGAUCUGCGAAGGAACAUUAUUACAGGAAUUGAGCAAAAUGCUUUUGAGGGAGCUUCUCGGAUAUCAGAACUGCUAUUAUCCGAAAAUAAAUUAAUGGAGAUUCAUAAUAAAAUGUUUCUUGGGCUGCAUACUUUAAAGGUUCUCUCUUUAAAUAACAACCAUAUAACUUGUGUCAUGCCUGGAUCGUUUGACCAUUUACAAUCUCUACAUACGCUGAACCUGAUUCAAAACCCAUUUAUGUGCAAUUGCCAUUUGGCUUGGUUCUCAGACUGGUUAAAAAAUAAAGGCCUUAGUGGGUCUUCCCCAAGGUGUGCAGGUCCCGAACGAGUCAAAGACGUGCAAAUUAAAGAAUUACCUAAAACCGAAUUUAAAUGUUCAAAUGAAAAUGACCAAGGAUGUUUGGGAGAUAAUUAUUGCCCACCAAUGUGUUCGUGUACAGGAACAAUUGUUAGAUGUACGAGGGCAAGUCUGAAAGAGAUACCCAGAGGCAUUCCGUCAGAAACUUCGGAACUUUAUUUGGACUUUAACCAAAUCGAGCGAAUCCAAGCUGAACGGAUAGGACAUUUGAAGUCACUGACUAGAUUAGACUUAAGCAACAACCAAAUAAGCAUGCUCUCCAAUGUGACCUUUGCAACCCUCUCUAAAUUAUCUACCUUAAUAGUGAGCUAUAACAGGCUUCAAUGUAUACAAAAAGGCUCCCUUCAGGGAUUGAAAUCUUUAAGAAUUUUGAGUUUGCAUGGAAAUCAGAUAAGCUUAAUUCCGGAGGGCACCUUUGCUGGACUGAAGAGUAUAAGCCAUAUUGCAUUGGGUUCAAAUCCGCUUUACUGUGACUGUUCAAUGCGAUGGUUGUCGGAUUGGGUUAAAGUAGACUACGUGGAACCAGGUAUUGCUCAUUGCGCCGAACCUCCUAAUAUGAAAGACAAGUCUAUUUUGAGUACUCCCUCAUCAGCGUUUAUAUGUAAAGGUCAAAUAUCCAAUGACAUACUAGCUAAAUGCGAUGCCUGCUACACCUACCCAUGCCAAAACAAUGGAAAGUGCCAGACAUUACCGGAACGUGAAUACGAAUGUAAAUGUGCUCCCGGCUAUCAUGGCAAAAACUGCGAAUUUAUGAUAGACGCCUGUUAUGGAAACCCCUGCGGAAAUGCCGGAACUUGCAAAGUUUUGGAGGAAGGACGAUUCAGUUGUCAAUGUAUGCCGGGUUAUACUGGUCUCAGGUGCGAGACUAACAUAGACGACUGCGUAGACAAUAAAUGCGAAAAUAACGCUACUUGCGUCGAUUUAAUUAAUUCAUACGAAUGUAAAUGCCUGAAUGGCUUCAUGGGCGAGUACUGCGAACGAAAAAUUCCCUUUUGCACUGAGCAAUACAACCCUUGUGAAAAUAACGCUCGCUGUGUCGAUCACGAUAGUUAUUAUACUUGCGAGUGUCUACCUGGUUUUAAGGGCGAGAACUGCUCCAUCGACAUAGAUGAUUGUGAGAAUCACAUGUGCCAGAAUGGGGCUACCUGCGUAGAUGGCAUCAAUGAAUACCAAUGCCACUGUUCUGGAGAAUAUACCGGAAAAUUCUGCGAGAUCAGCCCCUUUGUAGCCAUGAUGUAUCCACAAACCUCACCAUGUCAGCAACACGAAUGCGUGCACGGAACAUGUUUUCAGCCCAGCGGCUCGAACGAUUAUGUAUGCAAGUGUGCACCAGGAUAUUCAGGAAAACACUGUGAGUAUCUGACAAGCCUCAGUUUUACUCACAACAAUUCUUACGUCGAAUUAGAACCACUACGCACCAAACCAGAAGCAAACGUCACAAUUGUAUUUGCAACUACAGAGGAGAAUGGAGUUCUUAUGUAUGAUGGACAUAACGAACACUUAGCGGUUGAACUGUUCAGCGGUAGAAUAAGAAUCAGUUAUAAUGUUGGAAACUACCCUGUAUCUACAAUGUAUAGCUUUGAAAUGGUCUCGGAUGGUCAGUACCAUAUAGCCGAGCUUAUAGCUAUAAAGAAAAACUUCACAUUAAGAGUCGACCGAGGUAUAGCUCGAAGUAUUAUUAAUGAUGGACCUAAGGACUUUUUAAGACUGACAACUCCUAUGUUUUUGGGCGGCAUACCACCUGAAGCUGGAGAACAUGCUUUUACUGAUUGGCAUCUUAGAAACUUGACCAGCUUUCAUGGGUGUAUGAAAGAAGUAUGGAUUAAUCAUAAGCAAGUUGAUUUUGGUAAUGCUAAAACUCAACAGAAGGUACAACCAGGUUGUGGCAUAAUAGACGAUAACAGAUAUGAGGAUGAACUUCAGGAAGAUGAUGGCAUGGACGGAAUGAUCGGGGAACCUCCUGCUGCUUCUAGUGACCCAUGCAAUAAUCAUAAGUGUAAAAAUGACGGAAAAUGUGUGCCAACCGUUGGUGGCGAAUACAGCUGCAAAUGUAAGCAGGGAUAUAAAGGAAAGUACUGCGAGCAAGGUGAGGACGAGUCUCCAACUUGUAAAAAAGAACAAGUUCGAGAGUUUUACUCUGAAAAUGGCUGCAGGUCCCGAAAAGCUCUAAAAGUUGCCAAAUGUAUCGGAUCAUGCGGAUCUAGCUGUUGUCAUGCCAGGAAGAGUAAACGAAGAAAGGUUCGUUUGGUAUGCCCCGAUGGUACCCGUUAUACCAAAGACAUCGACGUAGUGCGCAAAUGCGCAUGUACAAAGAAAUGCUACUGACUGUCGUCCGCUACUGCAUACAGUUCUAACGAAGCCAUACCACACACCAAAGUGAACCACAUUUCCGUAGGAUUUAUCGCUCAGGAUACGAAUGAUAAAGAUGUUGACCGAACCCCAAAAAAUGACAUUUUACAACCUGCUUACUUGUCUCAAUCAGAUCCAAAUGAGGCUGAUUUGCCGAGAACAGCACCAGUUUUACAGAAACCUGAUGAUCAGACUGUAGAGGGUGUUAAGAUGACAUUUAUUGUACCAAAUGAGGCCGACGAUGCUCAUCAGGCUGGUGGUUUAGUUGUUCAACAUAUUGAUGGAAAUGAAGUAGAUCAUGCGAAAGACGACAGGAUAGUUUUGUACCACGACAAACAAUGCCUUUUAUCAGCAUUUCUCUACUUCACAACCAUAACCUCAUUCGUGUAUUUGGCCAUUCUGUGGAUAAAACAACGCAUGCACGUUCACUUAGAUCAGUUCCAAUGGUGGUAGGCUUAAAAAUAUAUUAAAUAUUUUAUUAAUUAGUGUUUGGCAGCUAACUUAUAUUAUGUAGUAUUUCUAUCAAAUAUUUGCCCACUAGUUACUUAUCUGAUAAAAUUACUACAAAUAUACAUUAACGUUUUGCAUAAUUCAGUUCUCUUUGUAUCCAUUUAAACCUAUUUAUAAUUACGUAGAACUUAUAAAAAUUUAGGGAAAUCAAUGAUCUAACUAUUUAUUAGAAUAAAAUUUGCUUCAUUUUAUAUUUAUGCGCCAUAUAUUAUAUUAAAAAUAUAACGACAUAUUAUUUCUUUUUUAUAUAUUUUUAAACCGAAAACACUGACAGGGACUGAAUAAUAAAAAGACUUAACCUCUUCAUCCUAAAGACAAAACACUAAAUAAAAAACCCAACGUUAGAAAAGUAUGUAGUAGCGCGAGAAAACCACCUGAAAGGUUUCUGAAACCUUUAGUACUAAUAAACACUGUGUAAAACACACUUUUGUUACAAACUUUAAUAAUAGGAUUUUUAGAAAUUUAUUUAUAUUCACCGAUUGCAUAUACAGGGUACGUACUUGCCAAGAAAAAAUCACAUUCCUCAAUAAGAAAGGCAGCUUUGAAAUUUUAAAAUUUGAGUUUGUAAAUGCCCUGUAUAAUAUAAAUCAACAUAUACUUUAAUAUAUUUCUAUUUAUUUUUUCUAUUACACUUUGUAUAUAUCACAUCAAUAACAUCCAAACACAAACUGAUUGAAAUAGUGAUUUGGUUGUUAACCUUCUUAAAGCUUCAUUAUAUUAAGUUCUAUUUAUAAUUUAGGUUAAAGAUUGUCAGCUUUUACUUGAACCCAACUGACAACAAAAUUUAAACUUACGAAUAUAUGAAGAAUAUAAGACAUAUUUCACAAUUUAAACAAAAUACUCACCGUAUAUCACUCAGAAAUUGUCUUUAAUUCUUAAAAAAAGUAUUGCGUUUAAGUAUUAAUUUGAUUUGAUUAUUAUAACGAUUUAUUUUAUAUUUAUUUAAAUUCAUAACAAGUGGAAAAUUAGUAAAAAAUAAUCUAUUAACUGUAGGAUAUUAAAAUAAAUAAUUUUCCAGUUGUUUAAAAUUGAAAAAAAAGAGUAUUGUAUAUUGUAAAUUAUUCUAUCGUCUCAUUAAACUAGUACUAGGCAACUCCCCUCUCAGAACUAUUGUAAAUUAGAAAUUUUCAUUUAUCAUUUAAAACUUAAGGCAAGCUAAUACGAAUAUGAAAAGUCUAUGUGUACGAAAGAUUUCAAAUUCAUACCAACCACUUUAUAGUCCAGCAAAAUAUUAUAAGCAACGUCUAAAUUAAAGUUUUAUGUACCGAAUAUUAUGCCUAAGUAUAAUAACACAAUAACGUUUUAUCUAUUGUAAUAAUUUUUAUUCCCAUGACUUGUGUAUAAAAUAAAAUAAACUUUAAUGAA